AUGUUUUUUUUUGCUGGAUGUGGUGAGAUAUUUGCUGAUGAUCUCGUAUCACCUGAGGGGGUUCUUAGCCCAGAGCGUCACAAAGUUGCCUGUGAACCUCCAAAACAAAGCCCUACUACUGCAGGUUUCCAGGGAGGUAAGGAAUGUCUGGCCUCUCCAGCUCACGCUGAGGUCUUGGACAUGUUUGGGUUGUGGGAAACCCUAAACAGAACUUUGCUAUUAGGGCAAAGUUCAAAAGCACCAGGACAUGCAACAAAAUCCACAACACCUAUCACAAAAUCUCCUUCCACAACCAAGUCUGAAGAUGUAACAGCAAAUACACCACGACCUGUAGAAUCCGAGAUCAGGGAAUUUAAUACUUAUGUGAUAACACCCAAAAGUGACAACCAAGGGAACACCAGUGAUGAGGGCUACUGUGAUCAUGUUUCUCCUGGUUUUGAGGACCACAGCAGAAGUUCCCUCAGUCCAGUGCAUUCCAGUAAGUUCCCUAGGGAUACGUACAGUGGAGAUGCUCUUUAUGAGCUAUUCUGUGACCCAAGCGAGGCAGAGAUUACCCCGAUCUUUGAUGACGAGCUCGAUCUAACAGACAGCAUUGUUGGCCAGUGCAGUGAUCUUCCAUUGUCCAUGUACAGCUUCCAUGUUGGAGCAGAGGAGAAUCUUGCCCCACCUUUGGCUCAGGACUUUGUUGGUCAAGAGCUUCUGCAAAGUAAAUGGAUGGGGAAGGAUUGCUUACUAAAGCUUUGUGACACUGAGAUAUCUAUGGCUAUGGGUAUAGUUAACUGGCUAAAGCAUAGGACAGACAAAAGCAACCCAACAGAAUUGAGAUCUUCAAAAAUUAACAGGGAAGAUGCAAGAGAUGCAUGUCUGAGAUGCAAAACCCAGUCAGCAAGGGUUAGAAAACCAACAAAAGGAGCAAGAACUGUUAUCGGUAGAGGAGACACUGUUAAUUUCAAAGAGUCAAGUCAAAAAAGUGUUGGUGUUCUGCCCUCAAAAUAUGAUGCAAAUACAGUGAUGUCAACCUUGGCCUCUCCAGAGAGCCAACCCAGGACCCCAAUGAGUGGUGUGUGUUUCAGGAUAUUCAAUAUCGACUCUCCUAUGACUCCAGGUAGAGAUUUGCAGUCCCCAGUGGUAAGCUCCCCUGGCUCUGGGACAAGGUCUUUGUUUGUGUUGGCCAUAAACAAGGAUUCUCUUUGUGAAUCCUGCAAGAAUUCCCUGAAAAAUGGAGCUAAAGAAAUGCACCUGUGCCGUUCUUGUAUCUCCCUCAUUGAGCACAUCAAGACUUCAGACCUUUGGGCCCAUGCCAGUCUUCCCAGAUCCACUCCAGCUCCACAGCCAAUAACCAGAGACCUAUUCUCUCCAGCCAGCACCUGUGGGAUAAGAAGUGACAUCAGCAUAGCUUCCCUUGUUGAGCAGUGUGCUAGUCAAUUGUCUUCUUUGAAAAUCAACUUAACUCAAGCUCACUCAAGCUGUAAGAUACGAGAUGCCCUUGUGCUUGAUCAAGGGGCAAAACGGAACAAAGAACAGUCUGAAAAAUACAUAAAGUCAAAGCACAAGAAAAGGCCAGUGGCAACUACUGAGAGAGGCUUGCAUGCUAGACAUCGCUUGAGGAGGUCCAGCUUUUCUGAAGAUGUGAAACCUUCCCUUUUAGAGAUGGAGGGACUUGUCACUACCAAUGCUUCCGAUGAUUUGGUGUUGGAAACUUAUGGUCCAUGUGAUGUUGAAUCUGGUGAUGCAGACGUAUCUCAAGCUACCAGGCCUACAUCUCUUCCUCUCAUGGCCUCUGCCUCUUCAGAUUUUUUUUGCAGAGAGGACCACCAUAAUAAGGUGGAAGAGGGAAACCCAUCCAAAAAGAAGCAUAGAUUACGGCAUCACAGGAAGUCUGCUGUGAAUAGUGAGGGAUCAUGCAGUGUCUUUCCAGGGGAUAGAAAAGUAGAACGCUAA